CCACAAUUCACCUGUCCAACCCUCGUCAGAAUACCCCGUCUCGUUUGGGAGAGUAGCCAUCAAGGGUCAAAGCCCUCUCUACUCCCUGCUACUUCAUACCAAGAAACCUCGCCCAGAACGCGUCCCGAAAUGAGCGCAGCCGGCGUUGGCAACAAACUCGCACCCCGAUAAACCCUUAACUCGCAUAGCAUCGACACCGCAAGCCGGCGCAACCAUGGUACCUCCACUUCACACAAUCAUUGAGGACGAGGAGGAGUUCUUGAACGAUGUCGCGGCCUUUCAUGAACGCAGGGGCACCAACUUCGACCGUGAUGGUAAAGUCAGCGGUCGCCCUAUAUCCCUCCACAAGCUCUACAAGCUGGUCAUCGCUCGAGGCGGCUAUGAUACGCUUUCUGCAGAACGUAUGCAAUGGCGAACACUAUGCAAGGAUUUUGGCAUAGGGAAAACUCACGAAGCUGUUAUGACAUUUCAGCUGAAAACUGUUUAUUACAAGAAUCUUGCUGCCUACGAAAUAUCGACGUACUGGGGCGAGGAACCACCGCCGAGGGAAAUUCUGGAAGAUCUAAGCGCAAAGGGCGGAAACCUGCGGACUAGGACCCUAGAGAACUAUCCCCACGCCCCGGCUCACGUACCAGAGACCCCCCAAGUGGAUGGCAUUGCGGACGCUCAAGACAGAGAAGAUGAUCAACAGACGCCGAGGCGUGAGAAGACUGAGCCUGAAGACGCAGGAAGUGCAAGCAGAUACCCAAGUCGCAACCUCAGACAAGAUCCCAAGCGCACCCAGAUAUACCAGCCAGACCUGCAACCAACGCGGACUCGCAAUGUUCGAGCCACAGAUUCCCCCUCUGCACCUCCAGUACAGCCACCGACCUAUCAGAACACUGCCAGCGAUCCUUUCAAUCCGACUUUCGACUGGUAUAAGAACUACCAGCCGAAUUUGGGCAGACCUUUGACUCUGCAGCAAGUAAAGACACCUCGCGAUGAUCCACUCUGGUACUCCAAUCAAGCCAAGUUGAAGGCUCAGAAAGAGCUGGAGAAAGAUCCGAGGAAGCUAAGAGAGGCCCAGAAAAACGCGGAGCUAUUGCCUGGUGUCGAUGCCAACGUUGCCAGAAAGAUUGUCUAUCCGCAAGGCCUCUUCAAUGGUCCCAAUAUCUACCAACGUUGUCUUUAUGGACUUCGAUCGAAGGUUCCCUCCGAGGAGGUUUUUGCCUUGCAUCACUUGGUCAAGGUAUCUGACGAGCGUGGUGACAAGUACAAAUUUGAAGGCUUCCCGUACUUGGCCGAAGCUCUUUUAGACAAGGCUCUGGAAAUAAGCGAUCUUGUAUAUGGUGUAAAGUGGCAAGUUGUUUACGAUGAGGACGAUCGCGAAAAUUCUAUCAACACACUCAAUGCCGCGUUUGGCACCAAAGACCUGCUGCACCGCAUUCAGCAGACUUCAACAAGUCUUACUGACGAAGACGUUGAAGAUGCGCAGUCAGCACAGAAACUUUCAAGGCUCAACGAGGCUAUCCUGGUCAUCCGAAAUAUGGUGACCCUCACCGACAAUGCGUCCUUCCUUUCUAAGAUGCCAUUGUUCAAAGAUUUGCUAGUCAUUGCAAUCAAUCUGCCGGAUCAGCCACGAUUAGUCGAAUACAAGCAGUCUGCAUUCGAGAUCUUGGAGCUUGUCACCAGAUACUGGGCCCUCGACUCACAGGACCCUCUAUACGUGUCGCUGAUUCCAUAUCUUCUAUCAGGAGACCGCGCAGUUCUUAUAGCAGUCAUUCGUGCCAUGACAAGAAUUGGAAUCGAGAUCGCAGAAGUCCAGCGCCUACAGGAUAUAUCUGUCCCGACAAUAGAACGACUAUUCUCGUUCACUCUUAUUGACGACGAUGAGCUGGCGGAGGCAGUCCUCGACUUCCUGUACGCGUACACAGCGAUUCCAGAAAACAAUAUUGAGCUACUCACCAAGAGGCCCUUACUUCUUUCAUCGAUGAUGCCUCGUCUAGUUCAUUUACUACUACACAAAGCAUUGGUUGAAGAAGAAUCAAUAGUGGCUGGUCGAGCAGCCAAACAGUCCCCUCUUGUAUGCACGAUACCGGCAGUCCCAGGGGAGCUCUAUGCCGAGCUGUUACAAUUCCGCGAGCCAGAGAGAUCCUCACGGUGGCUGCGCUGCUGCUUCGAAGAAUCUCCUACUGAUGAAAUUACGCAGAUUGCUAUCUGGCAAGCCUAUCAACAACGAUUUCUGCCCAAUGGGCCGAUUGCGGCUGCAGAUUUUAUUAAGAAUGUGUCCAUAACGUUUACCCAUGCGCAGGCACAGGUCAUCCAGAUGCAACCCCAGUCGAGAUUCAUCAUCAAAGGCAUCAGACCCCGGCGAGUACUCGUUGGCCUUCAUGGCCAGCCUUACUUCAAGUGUUUGUGGCAUAAUGGUCCGCCAGAGAGGGAUCAGACUGGCCGCCUGACUUUGAAGCACAUGUGUAGCAGCUGGUACUCUAGCCGGCAGAGGCUGCUCGCUCACAUCACCAGUGACCACCUCGCUGUUCAGAGAACGACGGACGGCCAUUUUAUUGCCAAAGACCCUGCUCAACUUGUGUGUCGAUGGAAUUUGUGUAAACACCGAGCUGCGUUCAAGUCGAUAAGGGAACUGGCACAGCAUGUGUCUGUUCACAUCCCAGAGAGAGCGGAUCAGAUGGCCAAGAUCAUUCACGAGAUUGCUUACGACACGAAGGAUCCCGAACCAACUUCGGUGAAGCACUCGAUCCACUAUACCGGCUUCGAUCGAGCAGACAUGCAUCCAUAUGGCAUUUCCUACAUGAGUGUCAUGAUCCUGCGUAACUUGGCGCGCUUCGCGAGCAAGCAUGGUCAAAAGUUCGAAAAGGACGGUCAGACUCUCACCGAGCAAUUGUUUAGCGUGCACAAAUAUGCUCUCUUCACGAACCUGAGUCUCAAUAAGCCACUUGGCGCGUAUAUUGCGGACCUAAUGGAGUUGUUGGACAAGGGUGAAAAGUUGGAGAGACGCGGCACGAAGAGGGAGCACGACGAGGACGAGGAAGAAGACCAGAAUCCUUGAUUUGACUGGGCCGCACGAGAUACGAAGCAUAUGGUUGUCGGUCUCGCGAGCGAUGACAGUACAAACUUGUGGCCUGUAGCGCAGCUUUAAUGGGUUUCUAUGCGGACGGAGGGCUUUGGAAUCUUGGACUCUGAUACCAAAAGAAUCAGGGAUGUUGUGCUUUGAGGAUGAGUCGACUAUACGAUGAAUGGAGGAACUCGGACGAUUGCUUUUUGGAAUGGGAACUGUACGUCUAUUAUUGCUAUUCAACACCAGAACGAGGGCCGGGAUGGGGGCAGCAUGGCGCUGGUUCGGUACGGAUUUAUCAUCACCUGCCUGAUGUCGGGUGGCAAUGUGCCUUGUGUGUAGUUACUUUUUAUUCCCCACGGGCUCGGAUAUCAAAGAUUGAAGUAUUAUACUCUCACACGCACGCAUGCAAUUUCCAGCGGAACGAGGGCGGCUCUGCGGAUGCUGAAUUGGCG